AGAAUUAUUAUCGUUUCUGUUAUUGAAUUGUCUUUUUUUUACGCGAUUCGUUUUAUUCCAGCAUACAAAUGCAGUAAAUCCGAGAGGAAAGGAGGGAAAAAGAUGUCUGCAUUGAAAUGCCUGGUCUUGGUGGUUUUCAUCAGCGCGCCCGGGCUCCUGGCUGAGCCGCUGGUUCCGAUUGGGGAGGGGGAUGAAUCCGGUGACAGCGCCUCCAGUUUGGCCUUUGUGUUCGACGUUACCGGCUCCAUGUAUGACGAUUUGAAACAGGUGAUUGAGGGAGCCUCUCGGAUCCUGGAAAAGACUCUGAGUCGGAGGACCAGACCCAUCAAGAACUUUAUCCUGGUUCCAUUUCAUGACCCAGAGAUUGGCCCCGUGUCCAUCACUACUGACCCAAAGAGGUUCCAACAAGAUUUGCAGGAGCUGUUUGUUCAGGGAGGGGGAGACUGCCCUGAGAUGAGCAUAGGAGCCAUAAAAAAAGCCUUGGAGGUUUCCCUCCCUGGAUCCUUCAUCUACGUCUUCACUGACGCUCGAGCCAAAGACUACCGUCUGAAAAGAGAUGUUCUGCAGCUGGUGCAGCUCCGUCAAUCACAGGUUGUGUUUGUGUUGACUGGAGAUUGCGGGGACCGCUCCCAGCCUGGAUACCGGGCCUAUGAGGAGAUAGCUGCAACUUCGUCAGGACAAAUUUUUCACUUGGACAAGCAGCAGGUUAAUGAGGUUUUAAAGUGGGUAGAAGAGACAGUUCAGGCCAUGAAAGUACACCUGCUGUCCUCCAACCAUGACAGGGCCCAGGAAAACAAAUGGGAAGUGCCUUUUGACCCCAGCCUCAGAGAGGUCACGGUGUCACUCAGUGGACCGGCGCCACAGAUUGAGCUGAGUGAUCCCUUUGGGCGGGUUGUUGGUGAGGAGCAGGGCCUGAAAGAGCUGUUGAAUAUUCCUAACUCGGCUCUUGUUGUCAACUUAAAAUUUCCCAGACCUGGAUCCUGGAAACUCAAGGUCAGCUGCAGUGGCCGUCAUACUUUGAGGGUCACAGGGGUCAGCAAUCUGGACUUCAGAGCUGGCUUUUCCACCAUUUCCGUUUCAAAGUUCAACCAGACCAGAGAGAGACCAGUCAAAGGGCUUCCAGCACACGUUUUGCUCAAAUGUACAGGCCUUAAGCCUCCAGGUUUUCUGAGCCAUGUGGAGCUAAUGUCAGGCUCCGGCCGCUCAUUACGCACAAUCCCUGUCCCUCUGCCCUAUGACCUCGGCCAACAAGGUCUCUGGAGUCUCCCCGAGUUCCGCACCCCUCCACAGAGUUUCUUUCUCAAGAUAACGGGUAAAGAUGAGGAGGGUUUCCGCUUCCAGAGGCUGUCCAGCGUAUCCUACACUAACAUCAUUCCAGAUCCUCCAUUUGUGAGAAUGCCUGAUGCAGUGAAAGGCUUUUACAUGCAGCCAGUGGUGAUUGGCUGCUCAGUGCAAAGUGACAUUCCCUACAGGCUAAGAUUCACCAGAAGUGGGAUUUCUCUUGGAGAGGAGAAGCUCUUUCAGAUGUCAGCUGUUGCAUCAUGGGAGAUUGCCCGUGCUUCUGCUAAUGAUGAAGGUUUGUACGAGUGCAUAGCAACGAGCACUGUAGGACAAGGCCGGGCUUUAACUCAGCUAACUGUUCAGGAGCCUCCUCCGGUUCUGAGACCCACAGUAAAUGUGACUUCCUCUGUGGGCGGUGUGGCUGUGCUGUCCUGUCAGGUGGAAGGUAGCGUGCGCCACAACUUGACAUGGCACAGAGCGGCUCGUACCAUCCAAGCACACGUGGGAAGGGUGAAGCUGCUGUCUGACUCAUCCCUGCAGAUCAGUGGGGUUCGGACUCAGGAUGCUGGAGAAUACCACUGUGUAGCCAGCAAUGCCCACGGAGAAAACAGAAUCGCCGUGUGGCUUUUUGUCCCAGAGGCUCCAUCUGUGGUGGUUCACCCCCCGAGCCAGGCCUUCACCCUGGGGGAUGAGAUCCGCUUAGUCUGUUCGGCGUCCGGCUCCCCCCCUCCCCGGCUCCUCUGGAGCCACGGAAACAUGUUUCUUACUAAUCUGCCGAGGUUUGGCCAAAAUAAUGGAAUUUUGACCAUCGGAGGAGCUGUUCCAGACGAUGCUGGGAACUACACUUGCACGGCAACCAAUGAUGCUGGGACUGCCUCUCAGUCUGUGGCACUUACGUAUGCAGAGGUGCCAAAAAUCACAGUUCCGCAGCAGGUCAUACUUUCAUCUGUUGGUGCUGACGCAACUCUGGAGUGUAAAGCCACAGGCAUCCCUCCUCCACUUGUCCGCUGGUACAAAAGUGCACUUGAGGUUGGGUCCGCUCCUUUUGUAGAACAGGAUGUACACCGCGGGACCUUGCAUAUUCGAGCUGUGCAGGAGGUCGACGCCGGUCAGUACAGCUGUGUGGCAAGCAGCUCUGCUGGAACCUCGUCUGGUACUGUCAGCCUAGUGGUUGGAGCGAGCCCUUUGUUCUCGGAGGAACCGACUGAUGUUACAGCCAAUGUGGGGGAGAAUAUCACCCUUCCAUGUGUUGCCCGGGGUCUCCCACAACCAACAGUGACCUGGCACCGACAGAACGGCAGGCAGGUUCUGCCUUGGACAGACAGUCACAGCAGGACCACACAAAAGGAGAAUGGACAUCUAGAAAUCCGAAGUAUCUGGGUGGACGAUGAAGGGUUGUACAUCUGCGAGGCAAAAAACCAGUUUGGGACCAUCAAAGCUGAAGCCACAGUUACUGUCACUGGACUGGAGCCUCCUCUCUUGGCCCACACCACGCCAGUCAUCACCACUGGUAUCGGCCAAUCCCUAAGCAUCCCUUGCAUGCUUUUGAAUGGAAUCCCUCUUCCAGAAAGAUUCUGGUCUCGAAACGGAAAACCCGUUCAGCAGGAUCGGAGGAGGUUUUUAAGGAGCGAUGGCAGUUUGUACAUAGAGAAAGCCAUCCCACAAGACGCUGGGACUUACAUUUGCACAGCAGAGAAUGUAGCUGGGUCUGCCAACAUCACAGUCAGCCUAGAGGUCCAAGUGCCCCCAGAGAUUAAUGCUGGUCCAUACCACUACAUAGCCAAUGAGGGUGUAGCCAUCACACUGUCAUGUGAGGCCACCGGAGUUCCCAAACCAACUGUUGUCUGGUCUAAGGGGAGGCAGCCUCUGCCUAGAGACCGCUCCUCGCUUCAGCCUGACUCUGACGGACACUUCCACAUUCCACACCCCACCUCUGCCGAUGCAGGCAUCUACAUCUGCACUGCCACCAGUCACGUUGGGUACGCGAGCAGGGAGAUUCAGCUCAGUGUGAACACCAUGCCAACCAUCCUGGGUGUGAGCAGCCAUGACACCGUUAUCAAGAUGUCUGCAGAGGUGGGGACAGAAGUUGUUCUCCCCUGUGAGGUGCAGGGCAGCCCCUCUCCACUGGUCACAUGGAGCCGAAAUGGGCACCCCAUCCCCCCUGUCACAGCUGGGUUCACUAUUUUGCCUUCAGGCUCUCUAAGGAUCAUUGAUGUGCGCCUGAUGGAUAGUAAACUCUAUACUUGCACUGCAGAAAACCCAGCAGGAAACGUGUCUGUUGGCUACAAUUUACAUGUUCAAGCUAAGCCAAGGAUUCAGCCAGCACCCACCAUCCUUAAAGUGCUGCUUGGACAAACGGUGACUCUGCCUUGUGUGGCUCAAGGAGAACCAAGCCCUGAGAUCAGCUGGUUUCACAACGGACAGCCUGUUGGCGUGAAGAACUCUACGCUUCUAAGGAUUCAGCGAGUCGACGUUGUCCACCAGGGCGCCUACCAAUGUGUGGCAAAGAACAGUGCAGGACAGGAGACCCUGGAGAUCCAGCUGGAAGUUCUUGAGGCUCCAUCUUUUGCAGAGCCUGGAGAUGUCAUCAUGGAGAAAGUGGUGAACAGCAAGGUGACCAUUCCUUGUCGUGCCAAAGGCUCACCUCGUCCCAAGGUGCGGUGGUUCAAAAAUGGCUUGGAGAUACACCCGGAACAAUCGGAGUUUUCUGUGGCGAAGGAUGGAGCGCUUGUAAUUAGCACAGCAUCUGCCAGCCACAGUGGGGACUUCAAGUGUGUAGCAACCAAUGAGGCAGGCUCUGUGGAGAAAAAGACCAGGCUGAAAGUAAAUGUUCCUCCAGAGAUUCAAGAUGAUGGUCAGCCGCUAAACCUCACUGUCACCUUGAAGCAGCCCCUCACUCUGGGGUGUGAUGCUUCUGGGAUCCCCUCUCCAUCAAUAACCUGGACCAAAGAUGGUCACCCUGUGGACAGCCCUGGGGUGUAUGUGCAGAAUGGAAACAGGUUCCUCAGAAUCUACAGAGUCCAGCCUGAACAUGCAGGACAGUUUGCCUGCACGGCUCAAAACUCUGCGGGAGAGGCACGGAGAAAAUACAACAUAGUGGUAGAAGCUCCUCCGGUGAUUUCUGGAACAUCCCAGCUGCAGGAGCUAACAGUAGCACAGGAACAGGAAGUGGAGUUUCAGUGUCGGGUCAGUGGACGACCAGCUCCCAGAGUGGAGUGGAGCCGCGAUGGAGAGGUUCUGUCUCGUGAUGGAGACCCUCAUGUGGAGUUUCUGGAGGAAGGUCAGGUGCUGAAGGUCAAGUCGGUGAGACUGAGAGACCAGGGGCUUUACCAGUGUCUGGCCAGGAACAAUGCAGGGACUCAGAUGCGGCAGUUUAGACUCACAGUGCAAGUUCCUCCAACCAUUAAAGGAGGAAAUGAGAGCACAGAGAUGUCUGUGGUUCUGGGUUUCCCUACUGUUCUUCCCUGUGAGGUGGAAGGUUCACCAACACCCGGCAUUACAUGGCUGAAGGACAAUCAGCCAAUCGUGUCGUCUCCCCAGCUCACAUACAGCCGUAAUGGUCAGGCUCUGCGACUGGGAUCAGCACAGGGAGACAGCAGCGGCCUGUACUCCUGCAGGGCCACAAAUCCAGCUGGCAUAGCCGUUAAACACUACUCUCUCAGUGUUCUGGUUCCCCCACAGAUUGAAGGAGACUCUUCAACCUUUACUUUUGCGGGUCAGGAAGAGAAAGUGCGCAUCAAUGGAAGUUUAGCUCUGUCUUGUGUGGCCAAAGGUUUCCCGGAACCAAAAGUGCGUUGGUUCAAAGAUGGACAGUUGCUGAGUGGAAAGCACCAUGCUGGCAUUCAACACCAUGGCAACUUCCUCCACAUAGAGCCCGCCAUGCUGUCCCACGAGGGACAGUACACCUGUGUGGUUACCAACUCAGCCGGAGAGGACAAGAGAGACUUUCACGUCACAAUUCAAGUUCCUCCAAUCUUCCAGCGAGUAACCAACAGAGAAGCAGCCUGGGGUCUGGGGCACGAGGGGGAUGAUCACGAGGAAGAAAUGACCGAAAAGAAGGAGGUCGUCUUGGGUCAUUCUGUCAGUCUGUCUUGUGAAAACAAUGCCAUUCCCCCACCAAAACUUAGCUGGUACAAGGAUGGAAGGAAACUCACCUCUGCUGAUGGAUUGGUGCUCCACCCAGGAGGUCAGGUGCUACAAAUCCCUCGAGUACGAAAGGAGGACACCGGAAAGUAUACAUGCAAGGCUGUUAAUGAGGCAGGGGAGGACCACAUGCAUUUUGAACUAGAAGUCCUCAUCCCCCCUGUCAUUAUGGGUACCUCUGAGUUCAUGGAGGAGAUGGGAGCGGUGGUCAACAGCACAGUGGUUUUACACUGUGAGGUGACAGGACAUCCGGCUCCAGCCAUCUCCUGGCUGAAAGAUGGGCAGCCGGUGUACAAAGACUCUCAGCAUCACAUUAGCAGCGAUGGCACACAACUCCAGCUCAGCAGUGUCCAGGUUUCAGACAUGGCUGGGUAUAUGUGUGUGGCUGAAAAUAAGGUUGGGACGGUUGAGAAGCUAUUCAGUCUUACAGUGCAAGUUCCUCCUACAAUAACUGGGCCAAGAGAAGAGUCUGUGAGUGUAAUCGAGGGCCAUAUGGCGUCAUUGCUGUGUGAUGUCCAAGCGUACCCUCCACCAGAGAUCACCUGGACCAGAGAUGGGCAGGUUCUCCAAUUUAGCACCGGCGUUCAUAUUCUGCCUGGUGGCCAGAUGUUACAGUUGCCUCGGGCAAGACUGGAAGAUGCAGGGCAGUAUGUGUGCACAGCCAGCAACUCAGCAGGGCAGGACCAGAAGAGUUUUCUGCUCAGCAUUUAUGUCUUGCCCACCCUGAAGCCCCUGCAUGAUGCUGAGUCAGAGUCGAUGACCCCUCAGCUUGGCUCCUCUGUUACUUUGCGAUGUGUAGCUAAUGGAUUCCCAAAGCCAGAGGUCACAUGGUACAAGAACGGGCAGCAACUAGCUGCAGGAAACGGGCUGAAGAUGAACAGCAACCAGCUGGAGAUCAUAGGAGUGCAGAUUUCUGAUGGAGGUACAUACACUUGUAAAGUUUCUAAUAUGGCUGGCCAAGUGGACAGGACUUUCAAGCUGGCAGUUCAUAUCCCACCUGUGCUUGAUGGGCCACUGCGGGAGUCAAUUAAUUCCACACUGGGUUCCCAUGUUGCCCUGCUGUGUGAAGCAACGGGAGUACCUGUUCCCAGCAUCACCUGGCUCAAAGAUGGAAGCCCAAUUGAAAGUAGUCUGCAGUGGCAGUGGUCAGUUCGAGGCAACCGGCUGGAGCUGGGUCCUCUCAGUCUGUCUCACGCCGGAACAUACACAUGCGUGGCCAAGAACAGUGAGGGGCAAACACAGAAGGACUAUACCCUCACAGUGCAAGUAUCCCCCACCAUUCUAGAUUCAGACCAAGCGUCUGACGUGAGUGCACCCAUGGGGGAGGAGGUCACCCUGGAUUGCAGAGUCAAUGGAAUCCCCACCCCCCGCAUCAGCUGGCUGAAAGACGGAGUGACCCUGGUUGAGUCAAACUCCCAUCACAUCUCGUUGAGCCCCGAUGGAGGCAAACUAACCUUCCUACGACUAAGUGCUGAGGAUUCUGGGACAUACACAUGCUUGGCUGUCAGCACCGUCGGUCAAGAUACCAAAAUCUACACCGUCUAUGUUCUUGUUCCUCCAUCUAUAUCUGAUGAGUCAACAAUUCCCAGAGAGGUCCAGGUGACGCAGGACAGCGUGGUGACGCUGGAGUGUCGUGCAGCAGGACACCCACCUCCUCAGAUCAGCUGGAUGAAGAAUGGCCGGCCGCUGCUCCUCUCGCCUCGGACACGCCUCCUCUCUGGUGACUCUUUGCUGAGGAUUGCUCAUGUGCAGCAGUCUGAUUCUGGAGUCUACACUUGUGUGGCACGCAGUCGAGCCGGUCUGGCCGAGUUAAGCUAUGAUGUCCAAGUCCAAGUGCCCCCUGGUGUGGAUCAUGUGGAACCAGUAGAGCCAGUCACAGUGGUUCAGGGAUCCCUGGUGACCCUGACCUGUGAGGCACAUGGUGUCCCUCCCCCCACUCUGACAUGGAUGAAAGAUGGUCAGCCGCUGUCCCUGCACCGCAACCUGCUGCUGGAUGGACAGGAAACGCGGCUGCAGCUGCCGGAUGUAGCUCCUUCAGAUGCAGGCCUCUACAGCUGUGUGGCAAGCAACCAGGCUGGAAGCAGCACCAAGAGCUUCAACCUCACCGUGCUCGAGCCUCCUAAAAUAAUCAGCUCCAGUUUCCCAGUGGAGCUGACUUUAGCAGUGAACAGUCCUCUAGAGUUGGAGUGUUCUGCAGAGGGAGUCCCACCUCCAACCCUCAGCUGGCUCAAGGACGGCCGUCCCUUGGAAAGAAGUGACAUUGUUCAUCAGGAUGGAAACUUUGUUCGGAUCAGCAAAGUACAGGUUGAGGAUGCUGGACUGUACACCUGCUUAGCCAGCAGCCUGGCUGGAGAGGAUGGAAAAAACACCUGGGUCAGAGUCCAAGUCCCACCAACGCUUCUUGGUUCUGGCGAUGUAAGGACGUUAUCAGUUCCACUGAAUGGGCACCUGACCAUGGAGUGCCUGGCUGAUAGUGACCCCCCUCCAGAUAUACAGUGGUACAAAGAUGAAGUCAAACUGCAGUUGGGUGGUCGUGUCCAGCGGCUGGCAGGUGGUCAGUAUCUGGAGAUACAAGAGAUGAGGCCUGAAGACGGCGGACAGUACAGCUGUGUUGUUACCAACAUGGCUGGAAGCAGCAGUCUCUUUUUUACAAUAGACAUUGUUUUGCCGCCUGUAAUAAAGGAGAGCAGUUCUGUGGUGACCGUACGGGUGAACCAGGAUGCUGUUUUAUCCUGUGAGGUUGAAGGUGACUCUUCACCUUCAGUCAUGUGGAGGAAAGACGGCUUCCCUCUGCCUAAACAUAACAAAUACACUGCAAUGUCGGAGGGUUCCCUGCAUAUUCACCAAGUCCAGUUAAGUGAUGCAGGUCGAUACUAUUGCACAGCCUCCAACCAGGCUGGCUCAGACCACCAAGCAAUGGACCUUCGAGUAUUUGUGGCUCCUUCCAUCAGCCCGGGUCCAUUUAAUGUAACAGUAACCGCUGGAGUCAGAGCUCUGCUAAGCUGUGAAACAACAGGGAUACCCUCACCAAAAGUUAGCUGGAAGAGGAACGGCACUCCUCUUGACAUUAGUCAUCAUCCUGGAGAAUACAGGUUGUUGGCUUCUGGAUCACUGGUUCUGUUGUCUCCAUCGAGUGAGGAUGAAGGUUAUUUUGAAUGCACUGCAGUCAAUGAUGUUGGAGAGGAGCGUAGGGUCAUUGAAGUCAUCUUGCAGGUCCCACCAUCCAUUGAGGAUGAUGUUACAGCUGUCAAAGCUGUAAAAAGGUCUUCUGUAGUGUUGCCAUGUCACGCACAAGGUGAGCCUGAGCCCACUGUCACCUGGACAAAGAGUGGAGCCAAACUGGGUGUCAGAGGUGGAAGUUACCGUGUUCUUCCCACUGGAGUGUUGGAAAUAACUUCGGCUUUGCCAAGUCAUGCUGGCAGAUACACAUGUUCUGCCCGAAACCCAGCUGGAGUGGCUCACAAACACAUCUCCCUAACAAUACAAGAGCCACCGGAGAUCAGGCAGAUGCCAGAGGAAGUGCAGGCCGUGUUGCAUCAUGGAACUGUUCUUCCGUGUGACGUUCAAGGACUCCCAAGACCAUCAGUCACCUGGCAAAGAGAAGGAGUUCCCAUAGCAGCAGGACACAGGCUGGCUGUGCUCUCCAGCGGGGCACUGAAGUUUUCUCGUGUCACACUUGGUGACGCCGGAACCUACCAGUGUGUGGCGAAGAAUGACGCCGGUGUAGCUGUGGCAAAAACCAAACUGGUCCUUCAAGUUCCACCAGUGUUGAGUGUGCCAAGAGUUGAGUACACAGCUGUGUUGGGUCAGCCAGUCAGUCUGGAGUGUGUGGCGGACGGGCAGCCGCAGCCUGAGGUUACAUGGCAUAAAGACAGGAGGCCUGUUGCCGACAGUACUCACACACAUGUAUUUUCCAAUGGAACUCUGGCCAUCACCUCCACCCAGCGCAGCGAUGCUGGCUUUUACACGUGCACUGCCAGAAAUGUGGCUGGCAGAGCCAGUCAUGAUAUGAGGCUGCAGGUUCAAGUCCCACCAAUGAUUCCUCCGGUGCAGACUGAGCUGUCAGUCAUUCAAGGGUUUCAGGCCCUUUUGCCCUGCGCCGCUCAGGGCUCUCCAGAGCCCAGGGUAUCGUGGGAGAAAGACGGUGCAAUAGUUCCCAACGUUCCUGGCAAGUUCACAUUCCUCAGAUCAGGAGAGCUGAUUAUUGAAAGGGCAGAGCCAGGAGACGCAGGUGUGUUCACAUGUGUGGCCACAAAUCCUGCAGGCUCUGCAAGACAAGACAUUCGCCUGUCUAUCAACAUGAGGCCUGUCUUCAAAGAGCUGCCAGGUGAUGUAACCUUAAACAAGGGGCAGAGCCUGCUCUUAUCUUGUCAUGCACAGGGAACACCUCCUCCCGUUAUCUCCUGGACUGUCAACAACAUUCCUUAUGAAGGAGGUGUUGUAGAUGAAGCUGGCAGGAGCUCAGUCAUCAUUGACAAUGUGACUUUGAGUCAUGCUGGGACGUUUGUGUGUGUCGCUGAAAACAGCGUGGGAGCCAUCCGAGCGCUCUCGUUUGUCAGAGUCAGAGAGCCUCCAGUGUUGAAAGGCGAGGCCCACACCUCUCAGACUGUCAUCCAGGGGGGCUCUGCUAACCUCGACUGUCCAGUCCACGGAGACCCCAGCCCGGUGAUCCACUGGUUACGAAAUGGAAACCCUGUAGGACGGCUGCUUCGAAUGCAAAGCCUGCACAACGGAUCUUUGGUCAUCUACAGCAUCACAACUGCUGAUGAAGGAGAAUAUCAGUGUGUGGCUAAGAGUGAGGCUGGAACAGCUGAGAGGACCAUCACUCUCAAAGUUCAAGUCAAUGGAGGCUACUCUCUUUGGGGAGAGUGGAGUCCAUGUAGCAGCAGCUGUGGGGAAGGCCUUCAGGAACGGGUACGAUCAUGCAGUAACCCAGAACCGGCAAACGGUGGACGACCAUGCAGCGGUCCCAGUGUUGAUACUAAGAAAUGUUAUGCUGGACUGUGUCCAGGUGAGGUUCCACGCAGAACAAGAGGCAGCCUGAUAGGGAUGAUGAAUGAGAGAGAGUUCGGGGUGUCCUUCCUUGAAGCCAACAUUACCGACAAUGUGGAAGAAGGCAGCAGCACUUUACAGGCACGUCUGGAAAACAUCCCCCCUUCUGUGGGGCCCCUGCUGCGGGUACUUGUCUCUGUGUUCACCCCUGUCUACUGGACCACUGUGCUGCAGAACGGCGCCGCCAUGAAUGGCUACGCUUUCACUCAGGGCAACUUCAGGCAGGAGUCUCAGCUGGAGUUUGAGACUGGAGAGGUUCUUCGUUUGACCCACGUUGCCAGAGGUCUAGAUCCUGAGGGGGUUCUGCUAAUCGACAUUGUGAUAAACGGAUUUGUUCCUCCAUCAUUAUCAUCGUCUCACCUGAGCCUCCAGGAGUUUGACGAAUCGUAUGUGCAGACGGGCCAGGGGGAGCUGUAUUCGUGGUCCUCUCAGACCCAUCAGAGAGGGGGAAGCCCCAUGGUGCUGCGCUGUAAUCACACCAUCACUUAUGAGGGCCAGCAGGAGCGGCAGGGCCCUCUGCUCCAGCUGCUGAAGAUCUCCGGCAUGAACAGUGUCUACAACAUGUUUACUCUCACUUUGGACUUCCACAUCACUUCCAGCCUCAUCAUUCCAGAUGGCUAUGAGGACACUUGCCCCAAAGGUUUCACUCUUGACGAAACCUCUUACUGCGCUGAUGAAGAUGAGUGUGUGCUGCAGUCCCCCUGCUCUCAUUCAUGCAACAACAUCAUGGGGGGCUUCUCCUGCUCCUGCCCUUCUGGUUUCACCAUUUCCACAGAGACCAACAUGUGUCAAGACAUUGAUGAGUGUUCCCAAGGCUCCCACAUGUGCCACUACAACCAGCAGUGUGUAAACACAGUGGGCACGUACCGCUGCCAGGCCAAAUGUGGAGCCGGGUUUAAGCCCAGCAUCACUGGAACCAUCUGUGAAGAUGUGGAUGAGUGCCAGGAGUCUUCCGUCUCCCCGUGCCAGCAUCAGUGCCUCAAUACUCUGGGCUCCUACCGCUGCGUCUGCCAUCCGGGGUACCAGCAGGCUGGACAUCGCUGCAUUGACAUCAACGAGUGCAUGAGAAAUAUUUGCCCGGCUCACCAGCAGUGCCGUAACACCGAGGGAGGAUACACAUGUUUUGACAGCUGCCCAGCUGGAAUGACCACAGCAGAGGAUGGAGUCUGUGUGGAUAUUGAUGAGUGCCAGGAUGGGAGUCACAUGUGUCGCUACACUCAGAUCUGUCAAAACACCGUUGGAGGUUAUGCUUGCAUUUGUCCAAGAGGCUACAGAUCCCAGGGUGUGGGGCUUCCAUGUCUUGAUAUUAACGAGUGCCUGCAAACUCCUAACCCUUGCGCCCACCAGUGCCGUAAUGUUCCCGGCAGCUUCAGGUGCCUCUGCCCUCCUGGGACCGUGCUGCUAGGGGAUGGGCGGUCCUGUGCCGGGCUGGAAAGAGGACAAGCUUUUACUAAUGGCACUAGAGUCAGGGCAAGACUCCGCCCACAGCUGGUGUCAUCCAUAGGCCGGCCAAUCCUGUCUCGUUCUAAUGGAGUUUCUCGAAUUACCAGACAGAGCUGUCCCGUUGGGUACACCAACAAAGACGGCACAUGUGUCGAUGUGGAUGAGUGCCUCCUGAGGAAACCGUGUCAGCAUGAGUGUCGGAACACUGUUGGAAGUUUCCAGUGUUUGUGUCCCCCAGGGUACCAGCUGCUGCCCAACGGCAAAAGCUGUAAAGACAUUGAUGAAUGUUCUGAACAAGGCAUUCAGUGUGGACACAAUCAGAUGUGCUUCAACACUAGAGGAGGGUACCAGUGUCUGGAUACACCUUGUCCUUCAUCCUACCAAAGAGGGGGCAGCCCUGGGACCUGUUUCAGGUCUUGCUCCGCGGACUGCAGCACAGAGGGCUCCCUUCUGCUCCUGCAGUAUAAGCUGCUCACGCUCCCCUCUGGCAUACCAGCCAAUCACAACGUGGUACGACUGUCUGCGUUCUCGGAGUCUGGCGUCCUGCAAGAACGUACGUCGUUCACAAUACUUGAACAGGAAUGGGAGGCAGGAGGCAUGGGCCGGGUUUUCGGCAUCAGAGACGAGGCUGGCAGAGGGAUCAUCUUCACCCUGCGACACCUCAGCAGGCCGGGAUUGGUUCGGCUCAAAGUGCAGGCCACCACUGUCUCGCUACAGGGUCGCAUUACAUACCAGAGCAUUUUCAUUAUCUACAUCUCCAUCUCAGCGUACCCCUACUAAGCUUACGUCGUCUGAUCCUCUGCGACUUUUGACCCUUACGCCACAAACAGAACAUUUCACCUCAAAAAAUCAAACUAAGCAAAUAAAAAUUUCCUAAUAAAACUUCGAAAGUUAUGAUAAAUAAGGAAAAACAGUGGAGGGAAGGCAUGAAUAAAACUAUCAAGAUUUUCUUUUCAAAACAUUUUGCAAUCUGCCAUUUUUAUGAUGUUAGGAAUGGUACAACAUUGAUUUUUUUUUUAAUCCUAACACUAAAUGAAGCUUAUUUCCCAUCACAUUGAAAUAUUAACAUAAGGUUUUCCUAUUAUUUAUUUAAGACAUUGAACACAUCACUGGUUAAGCCACCUUCAGUCACAGGAGGUUUAAGGUAACACGGAUCUACUGUUGUUGCAUUGGCACAUUUUUUUUUAGAAGCUUCUGGCUCUCCUGCCAAUGUAGAACCCUGUUUAAUCUAUUGUAAACAUGUUUUACCCUCUAUACUAAGGUAAGGUGCUAUUCUGAAUGUAAAUGAGUGUUGGGGAUUAGUGCAAGAAAACAAAAUAAGAGCUUGCAGUCCCUAUGGUGUGGCGUGAACCACAAAGCUGUAGUUUUAUUUUUUUUCAGCAUUUGUAAAGCCUUUCAAAAAUUAAAGUUGUGACACAAAUGUUUGAUGUUAAAGUGUGACUCACUUUUUUAUACAAAUUAAAAUAAACAUCUUGUUUUUUUUAAACUCA